AGAAGUGUCCGUAGAGAUGCUCACUCUCUGGUUAUUAUUGUAGCGCACUAGUUAACAAAAGCUUCUUUACCGCGCUUGUUAAAAGGCACAAUUAGCGCACCGUGUUAGCUAAGUAACACUUCGAGUUGAAUGUAAUUAGCAGCAGUAACUUGGCGUGUGCUAAAUCGCUACAUAUAUUUAUUUCUCAGUUACAAAAAGCCUGUUAUUCUAGCCCCUCAGUGCUGAGUGUAUAUAACAUCUCACAAUGGGAAUUCACGGACUGGCCAAGCUGAUUGCCGACCAGGCCCCCGGUGCCAUCAAAGAGCAGGACAUCAAGAACUACUUCGGCAGGAAGAUUGCCAUCGAUGCCUCCAUGUGCAUCUACCAGUUCCUGAUCGCUGUGCGGCAGGAUGGGAACGUUCUGCAGAACGAAGAUGGAGAGACUACAAGUCACCUGAUGGGAAUGUUUUACCGCACAAUCCGCAUGUUGGAGAACGGGAUCAAGCCGGUGUACGUGUUUGAUGGGAAACCUCCACAGCUCAAGUCAGCAGAGCUGGAGAAGAGAGGGGAGAGAAGAGCAGAGGCUGAGAAGCUGCUUGCUAAAGCUCAGGAAAUGGGUGAGCAGGAGAAUAUUGACAAAUUCUCCAAGCGACUUGUUAAAGUCACCAAGCACCAUAACGACGAGUGCAAGAAGCUGCUGACCUUGAUGGGAGUGCCUUAUAUUGAGGCCCCGUGUGAGGCUGAGGCCAGCUGUGCUGCUCUGGUUAAAGAAGGGAAGGUCUAUGCUACAGCGACGGAGGAUAUGGACGGGCUCACCUUUGGGACAAAUGUCCUGCUCAGACAUCUCACCGCCAGCGAAGCCAAGAAGCUUCCUGUUCAAGAAUUCCACUUUAAUCGCAUCCUGGAGGACAUCGGUCUGACCAGUGAACAGUUCAUAGACCUUUGUAUUCUGCUGGGUUGUGACUACUGUGGCACCAUCAAGGGAAUCGGCCCCAAGAGAGCCAUCGACCUGAUCCGACAGCACGGUACCAUCGAGGAGAUCCUAGAGAACAUUGACACAACUAAGCAUCCCGCCCCAGAGGACUGGUUGUAUAAGGAAGCCAGAAAUUUAUUUUUGAAGCCAGAGGUGGUGGACUGCUCCACAGUGGACCUGAAGUGGAGGGAGCCCGAUGAGGAGGCUUUGAUCCAGUUCAUGUGCAGUGAGAAACAGUUCAGUGAGGACAGGAUCCGUAACGGCUGUAAGAAGAUUUUGAAGAGCAGACAGGGCAGCACGCAGGGAAGACUGGACUCUUUCUUCUCUGUCACUGGUUCCCUGUCCUCCAAAAGGAAGGAACCGGAGACCAAAGGACCUGCAAAGAAAAAGCAGAAAACUGGAGCGACUCCGGGCAAAUUCAAGAAGGGAAAAUAGAUUCGACACAGAUCACCGUUGAUGUUACCAUCAUAGAUGCAACGUAUUAAAUGAGAAUUAUAACCA